ACCAGGACCAAGCACGAGAGCGCAGGGAGGGGGUGCUGGAAAGCGCGGCCGGGAAAGCAUCACACUUCGAGGAUGUGCAGUAUCAUUUCCCUCAUCCGGAAGAGAUGUUGACGCGCGACAUGUUUGCAGAAACCAAAGCAGCUGCUGGGACCAGCUCUCGAUUGUUUUCUUCUUAACGUCCUGUGCAACAAAGCGACGGUCUAAGCCCAAGUGUCACCUUUACCUCGUCCAGGUCAAAGCAGAGGCCACCAGCAUGCCCGUCCAGGAACCUGACAGCAUCCUAAGCUACCAGAGGCAGGAUGAGGAGGUGGUGAUAGACCAAGGUGGGACCAGCUCAGUGCUGAACAUCCACUAUGAGAAGGAAGAACUUGAAGGCCACAGGACUCUCUUUGUGGGUGUCGGCCUGCCGCGGCAGAGCCACCGACACCACAAAGCUCACAGCUCUCGCCAUCGUAAGAAAGACAGGCGGACGGGAAGCAUAACAGUGCCACAAAGCGACGGAAACGAGAAGGCGCCUUGUCACGAUACGCCAUCCCAGCGGGUCCAGUUCAUUCUUGGAGCUGAGGAAGAUGCCGAGCACGUGGCCCACGAGUUGUUCACCGAGCUCGAUGAGAUCUGUGUGAAAGACGGCAAAGAUGCUGAGUGGAAGGAAACCGCCAGGUGGCUAAAGUUUGAGGAAGAUGUGGAGGAUGGCGGCGAGAGGUGGAGCAAGCCGUACGUGGCUACGUUGUCUCUCCACAGUCUCUUUGAGUUGAGGAGUUGCCUCAUCAACGGCAGCGUGUUGCUCGACAUGCACGCCGAUUGCAUUGAGGAGAUUGCAGAUAUGGUCCUGGAUCAUCAGGAGGCGUCUCAUGAGCUGGAUGACAGCGUGAGGGUGAAAGUGAGAGAGGCCUUGCUCAAGCGGCACCACCACCAGAAUGAGAAGAAGAAGAACCUCAUGCCCAUCGUGCGCUCUAUCGCGGAGGGGACUCGUAAACAGUCCGAGCCCCAUCUGACAGCUGCGUCAACCGCAUCUCCCCAGCCUGCUCCCGUUGCAGAGCCAUCCAAGAACGGCGCAGGACAGGAAGGGCACCAAGUGGACCUCAGCAAGGUGGACCUCCACUUCAUGAAAAAGAUCCCAGAGGGAGCAGAAGCAUCCAAUGUACUGGUGGGAGAGCUGGACUUCCUGGAGAGGCCUAUCGUGGCUUUUGUUCGCCUCUCCCCCGCCGUGCUGCUCACGGGUCUCACUGAGGUCCCGAUCCCUACCAGGUUCCUCUUCAUUCUCCUGGGCCCAGAUGGAAAAGCUCAGCAAUACCAUGAGAUUGGACGCUCGAUGGCAACCAUUAUGACAGAUGAGAUCUUCCAUGGGGUAGCCUACAAGGCAAAAGACAGAGGUGACCUCCUGGCUGGGAUAGAUGAGUUCCUGGACCAGGUGACUGUCUUGCCACCAGGGGAGUGGGACCCUUCCAUCCGAAUUGAGCCACCUAAAACUGUCCCAUCUCAGGAGAAGAGAAAGAUGCCGGGUGUCCCUAACGGCACAGCUUACCAAGUCGAGGAAGAACAACAGCAUGAACACCAUGGACCAGAGCUGCAGAGAACUGGAAGGUUGUUUGGUGGUCUGAUAAUGGACGUGAAAAGGAAGGCUCCCUUCUAUCUGAGUGACUACAAAGAUGGUCUGAGUCUGCAGUGCGUGGCCUCCUUCCUCUUCCUCUACUGUGCCUGCAUGUCUCCUGUCAUCACAUUCGGAGGGCUGCUCGGAGAGGCGACAGAGGGACGCAUCAGUGCCAUUGAGUCCUUACUUGGUGCAUCCAUGACUGGCGUCGCCUACUCACUCUUUGCUGGCCAGCCUCUCACCAUUUUGGGCAGUACUGGACCUGUGUUGGUGUUUGAGAAAAUCCUCUUCAAAUUCUGCAAGGAUUACAACCUCUCCUACCUGUCGCUAAGAGCCUGCAUCGGCCUGUGGACGGCGCUGUUGUGUCUGUUGCUCGUUGCCACAGACGCCAGCUCUCUGGUGUGCUACAUCACUCGCUUCACCGAGGAGGCCUUCGCUGCCCUCAUCUGCAUCAUCUUCAUCUACGAGGCCUUGGAGAAGCUGUUCCACCUGGGAGAAAUUUACCCCUUCAACACUCACAGUGAUCUGGACAAGCUGACGCUGGCAUACUGCCAGUGUACCGAGCCUGAGAGUCCCAGCAAUAAAACUUUGAAACUGUGGAGCGAGAGAAACAUCACAGCUUCUUCUGUUCCUUGGGCCAAUCUCACCGUCAAGGAAUGUGUGAGUCUGCAGGGGCACUUUGUCGGAACGUCGUGUGGCCAUCAUGGCCCCUACACCCCGGAUGUCCUCUUCUGGUCCGUCAUCUUGUUCUUCUCCACUUUCUUCAUGUCAGCAUUCCUCAAACAGUUCAAAACCAGUCGCUACUUCCCCACCAAGGUGCGAUCCAUGAUCAGUGACUUUGCCGUCUUCCUUACCAUCGUCUUCAUGGUAUUGCUCGACUACAUGGUGGGAGUGCCCUCGGAGAAGUUAAAGGUGCCCAGCAAAUUUCAGCCCACCAGAGAUGACAGAGGAUGGCUGAUCAAUCCGAUCGGCCGUAACCCCUGGUGGACCCCCCUGGCAGCCUCGAUCCCUGCUCUUCUCUGCACCAUCCUCAUCUUCAUGGACCAACAAAUAACUGCUGUCAUCAUCAACCGGAAAGAGCACAAACUGCUGAAAGGUUGCGGGUACCACUUGGACCUCCUGAUGGUGGGCAUAAUGCUGGCCGUGUGCUCCAUCAUGGGUUUGCCGUGGUUCGUAGCCGCAACCGUCUUGUCCAUCAGUCACGUGAACAGUUUGAAGCUGGAAUCCGAGAGCUCGGCUCCGGGAGAGCAGCCUCGUUUUCUGGGUAUCAGAGAGCAGAGGCUCACUGGCCUGGUUAUCUUCUUGCUCAUGGGAUGCUCUGUCUUCAUGACUGGAGCUCUUCAGUUCAUUCCAAUGCCGGUGUUGUAUGGUGUCUUCCUCUACAUGGGAGCCUCAUCUUUGAAAGGCAUCCAGUUCUUUGACCGUCUGAAGUUGUUUGGCAUGCCGCCCAAGCACCAGCCGGACUUCAUCUACCUGCGGCACGUACCCUUGAGGAAGGUUCACCUGUUCACGCUCACUCAGCUGACAUGCCUUGUGCUUCUCUGGGUCAUCAAGACCUCACCUGCCGCUAUCGUCUUCCCCAUGAUGGUUUUGGCUCUGGUAUUCAUCCGCAAACUGCUCGACCUGUGUUUCUCCAAUCGUGAGCUCAGCUACCUGGAUGAUCUGAUGCCAGAAUGGAAGAAAAAAAACCUUGAUGAUGCCUCCAAAAAGAUUGAGGAGGAGUCACAAGUUAUGCUCAGUACAAAAAGUGAAGACGCUCCAAUUGUUCACAUCCCCCUGGAAAGCAGUAGGCCAGCGCAGGCCUCAAAGGCCCAUGACCCCCGGUGUGAUCCCUCUGAUAUUAAUAUAUCUGAUGAAAUGUCUAAAACCACCAUGUGGAAAUCUCUCAACUCCAAUCAAAAGGACUCUCGUCCUGUGUCUGCUAAGAAGGAUUGAAGAGAUCGCCUUCAUUGAUGAGUAAAGAUUUCUACGGUGCACACAGAUGUGCCAUGUAAGUGUCCAGCUGGACAUCAGGAUGUCAUUUGGCAGUUUGGGACCACUGGCCAUCUGAGUGAUUUGGGAACGUCUCUUUAAUUACUACCAGCGCCACACAACACUUUGAAGUUACGGGCCAUCGACACGCACAAACACAUGCAGACACAUGGAUACACACACAAGUUUGGGACAGAGUCUUUUCUGUUUGGAAUGAAAAUCAGUCAAUGGAAACAAUGACUUGGCUGCCUGCACUUAUAUCUGGAUGUAAAAAAUGAAUUGGGUCUUCCUUGGCCAUUGUGCCACUUUUAACCUUUUUAGAGAAAAUGCUAGUUUUAACCUGAUAAACAGCAAUGAAAGCAUAAGAAAAAUGACAAUGACCAAAAAUAGGACACACUAAAUUAUCACUGGCGGUGCUAGAGGUGAAGGCCGCAGGGGCACUGCCCCCAUCCUUUGAAUAUGGUUGGACCACCCAGGGGCCAGUCCAAAUAAUUGAUGUUCUGAAGUUCCCUUUUUUCACAUUUUCCCCCAUUCAGGAUCAGAAAAUUGCUGUUAGUUAUUUGAAUAUUUUUUUAAUAGAUUAAAAAGUAUAAUAACUGUAAAUAGACUAAAAAGUAUAAUCAUUUUAACUCUUGAUGGGUCAAAUCGCUUGGCUGUAUGAAAGAGACGGACAACAGAACCGUUUUGUUCAUCUUCUGUUGCAGUGUCAUCCCUAAUUUCACCAUCUAAUGUGAACUUGUGUCAAUUUUGUGUAGUGAUAUAAACUUAAUAAGUGUGAAUAUUACAGAAUCUACAUCUACGGAAACAGCCAAAAGUUUAGUGUCUUAUUUCUUUACCUCAGACAAGCUUGUAAAAAUUCCUGCAAGGCACUUUGGAUGGAGGACUUUGGAUGUGUUGGAGCAGUUAUAGAAUUUGCUAAUGUUUGCUUUAUUUUUAAGAAGUGGGGGUGGGGUGUGUGUGGGAGGCUUAUUUAGGCAAUAAUUUACCUAAAGUCCAUCUCACCUGAAGUGUAAGAAACACAAUAAUCUAUUUUUGUUAAUCAGGGAUCCUUUAAGGUCACUCAACCCUUGAUGAAACAUGAGUGCUCGAUAAAAAAUUUACAUUCUAAAAGAAGUCAACAUCCAAACAGUGGCACAUUUUCACUCAUUCCACUAAUUCUCCAGUCACAUUCAAAUCCUCAUUUAAGGAUGAUGCCAUACUUGAUCUGCACUCAGACUGAAAUAACACUUUAUUCAUAGUAGCACUUUCUGUAGAUAUGUCUAUGUGUGAUGUUUCUUCUUAUUUUUAAGAGAUCUAUUGAACAAAAUUUCUUUUGGCGAAUGAUAUUCCCACCAGUUAGCUUGACUUUCUGUAUAUAGCAUAUGGUAGCUUGUCAGAAAAGCUGAGAAAAGGCCUCCAAAUGUCCUUGAUUUUAAUCAACUAGAGGAGUCAUGUCAAAGUGAUAUAAUGUUAUAUGUCCUUUAUUCUCCAGUAAACAUUAUCUGCAUCUUUUUGAUUGCAGUACAUAGACACAGUAACCGCUCACUGUAUCAUGUUGUAAUUUUUUUCUUCUUCUUGGCUUAUAUGAUAGUUUUGUCUGUUCACGUCCUGUACUUUCACGUAUGUGCAAAACAUUUGAAUGUUAAUAUUCGGUGUGUCUACUGUAUGAGGACCAAUAACUAAGCUAAUCGAUGGCAUGUUGUAAUAUUGAAACCAGUGUACGGUACAUAAUCAAAGUUACGAUUGAGUUGAAAUCAAAGGAGAAACUAGAUAAGUAUGGAUAUAAAGAUUUUAAACAACAAAUGAAGCCAUUCUCUGAUGUGCGUGUUAUGUGUCCUAAUUUGAUACACAAUUAUGUAUUUGUGAAUGUAUGGCUGAUAUGCAGCAGAAUGUCGUCAGAUGUACUCACUGGAGAUUAUACAGUAGAAGCGUCGUUAUCGAUUGUUUUAGAGUGUCAUAAACUAAACCUUGUCACAUUUAACUGGACUGUUCUUUUUUUCUGCAUAUAGUACAGUAGAGUAGAGUAAAAAAAGACCUGCUCAUGGGACUAAGCGUUAAGGUCAAGGGAAGGAGCUGUAGAGUGAUGUUUUCAGGGAGAUGAGUUCUGCAGUUGAAAUGGAGCGUGUGCUGUCUCUACUCAAAGAAUGUCUCAGACUCAAUUGUACAUGUUUUAUAUGUACGUAUAUGUAAUCUGGAUUUUUUUGGAUGAUAUAAACAGAAAAAUAAACUAUUACAUGACCAC